AUGUAUUCUUUAUUUAAAAAUAUAAAAUUUCCAAACCAUUGGAUUCCUCCUAUAGAAUUUGAAAAUAAAGAGCAAGUAAAAGAGAAAUACUUUAAAAGAUAUUGUGAACUUGGUUUCUAUAAUGAAAAUAGUAUAAAAGAUAAAGUUAUGAAUUCUUCAUCAGUUUUACUUUCAUAUUAUUUUUUUUCAGUUGCAAAAAAUGACCAAGAGUUUAAUUUAGGGUAUGAUAUUAUGGCUGCCUUUUUUUCAACGGAUGAUUUCUUUGAUGGAAAGCCAGAAAACUAUAAUAACCAAACAGCAAAAGAAAGAAUUUUUAAUAUUAUUAAAAAUGAAGGAAAUUGUUCAUUUAGUGAUUUUAAUCAAAAUGAAAAAUUUUUAAUAAAAUAUAUUAUAGACUCUAAAGAAUAUAGUAAAAAUAAUUCAAACAAACAAAUACUCUAUUAUAAAAUUUUACAAGGAUGGAUAGAUUAUGUUGAAUCUUUGGGUCCAUAUAAUUUAUUAGAGAACUAUAGUUAUAAUGAAACAAUUCAUCUCUUUAUAAGAAGGUUUGAUAUCGCCUAUUUACCAGCAUGCGAUUUAGCAAUAAUGAUGGUAAUUGAAAACUUAAAUAUAAGUAUCAUGUACCAUCCAAAAUAUUGUUUAAUGCAUUUAGAUUUAGCAAAAUCAUUGUCUUUAAUUAACGAUCUUCAUUCUUUUGAAAAAGAGUUCUUGGAUGGACAAAUUAAAAAUAACUAUCUUUAUAAGAUAAUUGAAAAAGGAAAUGAUAAUAAAUCUUUUGAUGUCGGAUCAUUUGAUAUUGGUGUGAAAAAAAUAUUUAAUGAUAUCAACAAACUUAAUCAAAGUGCAGAAAAUUAUGAAAAAGAAUUACUUGAAGAAUUUCAAUUAAAACUAAAUGAAAAACAAUUUGAUGAAUUUAAAAAAGUUAUAACUGCAAGUUUAUUAAUAAAUGGGGGUAAUUUAGUUUGGGGUAAUACCAACGCAAGAUAUUCAACAAAAAAUUCAAUAUUUAUUGAAUUAAAAGAAAAAUAUGAAGAAAGUUGUACAACUUAUUUAAAUACUAAAUCAUUAUUUGUAAUAACCCUAUUAAAAAAUAAAACCAAUGGUUUUAAUAUAUCACCAAAUUGGAUUGCCGAUCCUUUAACGGAUCAAAUUCAUUUAUUUGGAGAUAUUGAUUCAUACCAAUCAAUAAAAGUUAUUUUAGAUUAUCAAAUUUUAGAUAAUGUUACCAAUACAAUAAAAGAUAAAAACAUCCAACUAUCUGUAAACCAAAAAACCAGUAGCUAUAUAGUUUGUUUAAUUCCACAACCCCUAAAUAUUGCUAAAACAAAUGGCAAAAUAAAUGUAGAAGCAAUUUUUAGUUCCUCUGGUGCACUAGAUCUAAGUAUUCUUCCUGUUACUUUAAUUCAAAUUUCGAAAUAUUAUUACUAUCAUGGCUAUCUUGAAAUUGUUGGAAAUUAUUUUUUAUCAUUAGAUAAAAGUUUAUUUACAAUAGAUAUAGUAGGCAUAGGAUCUGAUAGGCAAACCAUUUUAAAUGUUUCAGAUAAUUUUAUUUUAUCAAGUGGUUCUGAUUCUUUACCAACUAUAGUUAAUUUUGGCUAUGGGCCAGGUUCAAUUGUUUCAAUCCCAAAAAUGGAAAAAAGACAAACAUACAUUUCAGAAAUUACACCAAAUAUUUUAAAUAAUUUAUACACUCCAAUUACUUUAAAAGGUGCAUUCUUUGAUACAAUUAAUAUAACAUUUGAAUCACCCGAAUCUAUAAAUAUAAAUCCAGAUCAAAGUAAAUUUAAAUAUUUAAAUCCAAAUGAUAAUUCAGCAAUUGUAUAUCAAGAUAAAGAAAUUAGAAUGACUAUGGGAAACUAUACUGUAUAUAAUACACAAAAUAUUCAUGGUAUGGGGGUUUACCUUACAUCCAAUAAAAUCUCUUAUAAACUGGAAUAUUCACCACCAUUAAUUUAUUACUCUUCCUCUUUAUAUUUUAAUGAACCUGGUCUUAUUACGAUUAGUGGUGAUUCAUUUUGUUGGGAACCAGUGGUUUCUAUUGGUUUAAAUCAAAAUAACAACUGUAUUCUUAAAGAUGUUAAUAUUGAAAAGAGUAAAAUCUAUUGUUUUUUUGAUGCAAAUAUUAAACCUGCUGUUUUAAAAGGUAUAGACCAACCACUUCAAGUAACUGUUGAUUGUGGCUCUUCUCUUUAUGGAUCUGCAAAUGUAUUUUUAUAUCUAACCAAACAAAUGAAUUGCCCUAAAGGUGAAAAUAACCAAACAUGCUCAAACAAUGGUAAAUGUAAUGAAAACACAAAGCAAUGUAUAUGUGAAGCUGAUUUCAGUGGUUUCGAUUGUUCUUUAGCCAGUAGUGUUAAACCCUCUAAACCCAUUAUAAAAAAAGCAGAUACAAUUAUUGAAACAAGUGGUUCUCGUUUUGAUAUUGGAAUAAUUCAAAUCAGGGAGGUUUCAUUUAAUGAAACUAUUGAAUCAUCAUUUAAUCUAACCAAUCAAGAAUGGAUAGAAAAUAAUGAUACGCUCGCCUCAGAAGAAACAACAACAAAUACUUUAAUUAAUUAUUUUUUAAAUACAAAAUUAAAGAAUGGUGCAAAAAUUUCAGUUGGUAUAACUAUUAACAACGAUCAAGAAAACUCAUUAACCUAUGACUUUUUGGGCGAUUCUAUUGAAUUAUUACCAAACUCUGUUAAAUAUAAAACUGAAAUAGAGUGGCCAUUCAAGUCAAUAUUAAAUAGUUUAGAAAUAGUUUUCCAAUCUCAGGUUUCUAGUAAUGUUUGUAACGAUAAUGAGUAUAAUCAAAAAAUUUUAAAGUAUGGUGAUUCAUUAAGAACUAUUGAAUUAACAAUGAUUAAUGGUCAAACUUUAGUUGGUACCUUUUCAAAUCGUAUGAAUGUAGACGAUCAAGUCAUUGUUAGUAUUGUUAAGCUUUUAAAUCAAAAUGAAACCUAUGGUUUACCAGUUAUAAAAACAAAUAGUAAUACAGAAAAAACUUUAUUUUCAAGUAUUAAAAUUCCUUACUUUAAAACCAAAUCAAUUAUUGACCCAAGUUUUGGUGUAUUAUUGGAUAAUAACUUUAAACCAUCUGAUAAUUGUAAUGUUGGUUUUAAAAGUUGGAAAAUUGCUGUAAUUGUUGUAACAUCUUUUGUCGGAUUAACAUUAUUAAUAAUUUCAACUUUAAUUAUUUAUAAAAAAAUUAGAAAUACAAAUUUAAUUUUAGAUUUAAAGUUAAAAGUAUUAAAUAAAAAUUAA